AUGCCCAGCACAGGGAUGGCUAAGUGUUUCUUCGACAUCGUGAUGGAUAUUCCCGCGCUUGACCUCGCUAUCCUGAAACAGGACAAUGAAAAGUUUUGUGCAGUAAAAAUCAUCAACCUCAAAGACAAGGUGAAAGUCGACAUCGCUCGUUCUAUGUGUUACGGAAAGCCUUAUGCGGUGGAUUGGGCAGGCGAGGUUAAGACCAUGAAGAAAUGCGUGCACUUCAUAUUCGAGAAACUUGGCGGGCAUCAGUUUCGACAGCACACACUUCGCACCGUCGAAGAGGGUAAGCCGGAUGUCGGACGUCGAGCGCACCCAAGCGGAGAGAAAGGCCCUCAUGAUCAUGUCAAGAAUCGUGCAUUGAGAUGGAUCACUGUUCAGACAAGCCAGAAGGAUUCCCCCAUCUACAAGUGGUCGCCUGUUCUAGUGGAGAAAAGCCUUCGCAACCUUUGUCAAGACGGUGUCCUCGCAAAGGUCCACGAGGUUUGGCCCCUGACCCUUUACGACCUUGAUGUACGCAUCCUCAAAGCCCUCGGCAGAUUGUUCAACACGCUGCAAGAGAAGGCAAUCGGUUUCCAUGGGAUCCCCGGCAGAGGCAAAACCCCGGUGGCACGAACGAUAGCGAUGGCGCUCUCUCGGUAUUGGAUCGCGGAGUUGGGGCAGACGGGCCAAACCGGUACGCUCACCAGGCCCGACAUAUUCGAUGACGGCACGCUUUCAGAGCAACCCUUCAAGAAAGUGAAAGCCUUUACAGACGUCGGAAACAUCGAAUCCAUGUCCAAGGAGAGGUGGGGGGCAGCUAAGUGGGUCAGGGGGCAGGCGAGAAUCUAUUGUGUGAACGACUUCGACAUCAAAUCCGAGCCAGCCCUCGACCAACCCCUCCUCGACAUCCAGGAAGGUCGUCACACCUACAUCGCACAUAAGGUUUUCCUCGAGAUGUUGGAAUCCGCAUGGUACAGCAAAGAGGCAUCCGAGUCGAAUGUGAUGGCUGUUUUGAAAAGAACGCAUAUCGUCGUCAACACCGCCACUUCGCUCUACAUCCGCCCGGCAUCCGAGAAUGAAAAUCCAGUGCUCCGCAUUCCAUUGGGUGACAAAACCGACUUUCUUCAUCUGGAUUCUCGCAUGGUUUAUGACUACCACAGGAAGGGAGGAAAGGAUUUGCCCGCAGAUUUCAACAAAAAGGUUGAGUGGGAAGCUGAUUGGGUUCGCAACGCCAUGGCGGGUGAGAAAAAAUUGCCAAGCAGGCCAACAAUUCUGCGAGGAGUCAGUUUGUUCUCAAAUGUGGCAUCCUCCUCGGCUACACCUACAUACAACAGCGAUGAAACCACCUCCAGACCCAAUGCUGAGUUGUGUCGCAGUCUCACGGGUGAGUUUCCACAGCAUGUUCGUGAUCCUGUCCCGGUUCCUGUUCGUGAUCCUGUCCCUUCCACGGUUCCUUCGGUGAAGCUGGAGCAUCCUUCCACCCCAAUUAGAGUGAAGAGGGAGUCCACCCAGCAAGGCUUCGCGAUGCAAGCCCGUCGGGUGGCUGAUGAGUGUGCCGGUCGGCCCAUCGAAAUCCAAGAUUCACCCUCCCCCAAGCCCAAGCCGAACUGUGUGCACUCCAUCAAGCAAGAGCUUACAGUAAACUUCUUUGCUACGUUGGCCUCAACCCCUAACGGCCUCACCAUCGACAUCGAGGACACCCCCGAGAAGAAUGUGAAAGCAGAGGUAGGUAAGCCCAGUGCGGAGGACGACGACCUUGUCAGGGAUUUGGAGAUGCUCAUUGAUGAACAAGAAAUGAAUGGGGGCAAUGCGGACGGGGGAAUCACGGAGGACAAGGAGCAGGAAAACCACAUGGCCAACAUGGACGAAAGCAUGGCGCACACCGAAAGCGGGGACCGCAACUCAAUGGGGUCGGACAUGGAUGUGGAUGAGUGA